UAAACGGGAUCGGUUGUGUCCCUCAUUCUGAGGAGUUGCGCUUCACUUUCAGACUGAGCGCUUUAUUUGGAGGUAGCGUCCCGGGUCUCUUUGCCUCCGCGCGGGUCCCCUGCGGUGCACGGAUUACCAUGCGAAGGAUUUUGGAGGUUUGGGUCGCCUUGGUGACAGUCACGGCGCUGACCGAGGGGGUCUCCGGAGGGUACGGGCUCAGCAUGUUUGCCGCGCAGUCUUCCCCGCCGGACCCGUGCUACGACGAGAACGGCAACCCCCGCAGGUGCAUCCCGGACUUCGUCAACUCCGCUUUUGGCAAGGACGUGCGCGUGUCCAGCACCUGCGGCGGCCCCGCAUCCCGGUACUGCGUGGUGGCCGAGAAGGGAGAGGAGCGGACGAGGGACUGUCACACGUGCGACGCCGCGGAUCCCAAGAAGUCCCAUCCCCCGGCGUACCUCACGGACCUCAACAACCCGCACAACCUCACCUGCUGGCAGUCGGAGAACUACGCGCAGUACCCGCAGAACGUCACGCUCACCUUGUCGCUGGGCAAGAAGUUCGAGGUGACCUACGUGAGCCUGCAGUUCUGCUCGCCUCGACCCGAGUCGAUGGCCAUCUACAAGUCCAUGGACUACGGCAAGUCGUGGGUGCCGUUUCAGUACUACUCGACCCAGUGCAAGAAGAUGUACAACAGGCAGAACAAGGCCGCGAUCACCAAGCAGAACGAGCAGGAGGCCAUCUGCACGGACUCCCACACGGACAUGCACCCUCUGACGGGGGGGCUCAUCGCCUUCAGCACGCUGGACGGCAGGCCGUCGGCGCACGACUUCGACAACUCCCCGGUGCUGCAGGACUGGGUGACGGCCACCGACAUCAAGGUGAUCUUCAGCCGGCUGCACACGUUCGGCGACGAGAACGAGGACGACUCGGAGCUGGCGCGCGACUCCUACUUUUACGCCGUGUCCGACCUGCAGGUCGGGGGACGGUGCAAGUGCAACGGGCACGCGUCAAAGUGCGUCAAGGACCGAGAGGGGAACCUGGUGUGCGAGUGCAAGCACAACACGGCGGGGCCGGAGUGCGACAGGUGCAAGCCGUUCCACUACGACCGGCCGUGGCAGCGCGCCACGGCCCGGGAGGCCAACGAGUGUGUGGCCUGUCACUGCAACCUGCACGCCCGCCGCUGCCGUUUCAACAUGGAGCUGUACAAGCUGUCGGGCCGGAGGAGUGGGGGGGUCUGCCUCAACUGCCGUCACAACACGGCCGGGCGCCACUGCCACUACUGCAAGGAGGGUUACUACAGGGACAUGACCAAGUCCAUCGCUCACCGGAGGGCUUGCAAAGCCUGUGAUUGCCAUCCAGUCGGGGCGGCGGGUAAGACGUGUAACCAGACGACGGGUCAAUGCCCCUGCAAGGACGGUGUGACAGGAAUCACCUGUAACCGCUGUGCCAAGGGCUACCAGCAGAGCCGCUCCCCCAUCGCCCCCUGCAUCAAGAUCCCAGUUGCAUCUCCAACGGCAACUUACACCAGCUACGAGGAGCCGUCAGACUGCGAGUCUCACUGUAAAGCCUCCAAGGGAAAGAUGAAGAUCACGAUGAAGAAGUACUGUAAAAAAGACUACGCUGUCCAAGUGCACGUGCUAAAAGGAGACAAGGCGGGCGAGUGGUGGAAGUUCACCGUCAACAUCAUUUCCGUCUACAAGCAAGGCGAGCACCGCAUCCGCCGCGGCGACCAGCUGCUGUGGGUGCGCGCCAAAGACGUGGCGUGCAAAUGCCCCAAGAUCAAGCCCGGGAGGAAGUACCUGCUCCUGGGCACGGACGACGACUCCCCCGGGCAGGGCGGCGUGGUGGCGGACAAGGGGAGCCUGCUCAUCCCUUGGAAGGACCUGUGGGGCCGCCGGCUGAGGAAGUUCCAACAGCGCGACAAGAGGGGAAAGUGCUAAAAGUUGGCAGAGGGGAACGCAAGAGCUUGAGGGGGAGAUUGAGGGAGAAAGGGGGAGGCUAAACAGCGUCUCCGCUGGGGAAGGAUGCGAUGAGGAGAGGCGGAAUGGGAAAAAAUUAAAAUAAACUGGAAGAAUAACAAGAUAGAAAGCCACAGGUGAGAAGUAGGCGAGAUGGGGGAAGGACUGAGUGCUGCUGCUCUGCGUUGGAGCGAAGAGAUUAGUGAUCCUUCCCUUUUGUUAUUUAGGACCUUUUGUGAAGGAACUCGUUCUACAGUCGCUCGCUUUCUGUUCGUCUUGUCCUGUCCUUGCAGAGUUUGCUCCUGAUGUUGCAGAUACUUCACACCCUGGCUAUUUUACCCACGAUGCCGUUGUUUUUUCAUGCCCCUUAGCAGUCGGUUUAAAGAGCAAUGCAUCUACUGUAUCAUUCUUUUUUGUAUUUUAGGAGGAUUUGUCUCCGCUGUGCCAUGUAAAGUCUUGCCAGGUUGAAUGUAGAGACUUUUUCUUGGCGUUGAGGAACUAUUAUGAGUUGCUCCUGUAAUCUGCCAAACUUUGGGUAUACUGUUAACAGUUAAAAGAUUGUGGAUUAACUUUGUUGGAAACCUUCUCUGCUCACAUGCAAGAGGGUCGCCUCAGAGAAACAACUUGGCUCAGUCGGCAGCAAUGAUCCCGUCUCUGCUUGGCGCUUACCAAGAGAUAUAUAUCUAUUUCUACAGAUAUAGUUAUAUCUAUAGAUAUAAAGAUAUAUCUAUAUAUAUAUAUAUAUAUAUGAACUGUAUGUUGAUGCAUGUAAAGUAACCGUACGUGCGUACAUAGAUAUUAUGAUGCUAUAGAGAUAUAGAGUAGAUGUGUCAACCAUGCACUUAUUUUUACUAGUUUUAGGACAUAUGAGAUAUGUUCACCAAGAAAAAAAAACAUACGUACUAUUUGAUGCAUACAAAAAACCCUGUACAGUUCAAACCCUGCUAGCCUCACUGAUACAACAACUACAGUUUGGAAUAAUGUUUAUUCUGUAAUAUAGACCUAAAUAAAAGUUGGAUGUCCCAACGGAUGAAGUGAACCAUCACUUCAUUUAUAAAAAAAGAGAAGAGAUUAUUGAUCAAGCAACACUGACUCACGUAUGCAUGCUCACCAUUUAUGUAGCUGACUACUAGCUAACAAUGAUUGUGAAUUAUGUACACAUUUGAUUUGUAUACAGUUUUCAAUGUUGUGGGAAGAUAACCUGUGGAGUGAUGAAAUAUCACAGAUGAUUGUUGUGUCAAAUGUUCCCUCGGAGCGACCUCUGAGGUCUCCACUGUCAAGACUUGGUACUCAACAUGAAGGCACGAUUGUCUGCGUGUUAUAUAGCUGUAUAGGAUUACUUUUUGUUUUGUUACACAUUAACCAGAUCUAGUGAACUGAAACCACGUUUUU